GAGUGUUCGUCACGUCACGUCACAUCAACUAGACUAUUUUAAUUUUCGCAUUGCUAGUUGCUAAGUUUUUUAGGUACUUAUUAAUUGUAUUAAUCAUAUCUUUAAUGGUUAUUGGAUACAAUUAUAUUUUUUUUAAUUAGUUACAACUAUUCCGCAACAGUUAUUCAGCAAUGGAUAUCAUAACUCCAGUGCAAAAUGAAGUUACGAUGGCGGCUCCGGCUUCGACUUUACAAACUACGGCCCAACAAGACAAUAACAACGACUACAUGGGAGUGGAUUGGGGAAGUGAAAAACUUGUAAGAGCCCAAGAAGCUAUUCGAGAGAACCGCUGGGAUCUAGAAGCUUGGGGUAUACUUAUUCGUGAAGCUCAGACAAGAUACGUCAAUGAAGUCAGACCGUUUUUUGAAGAACUUGUUGCUAAUUUUCCCACUUGUGGAAGAUAUUGGAAAAUUUAUAUUGAACAAGAGAUGAGAAGUCGGAAUUUUGAAAAAGUUGAAAAGCUUUUUCAACGGUGUCUUAUGAAAGUGCUCAAUAUAGAAUUGUGGAAACUGUAUCUAGGAUAUGUGAAGGAAACAAAAGCUGCUCUGACAACAUUCAAAGAGAAGAUGGCUCAAGCUUAUGAUUUUGCUCUGGAAAAGAUUGGAAUGGACAUUCAGUCUUACAGCAUAUGGAAUGAUUAUGUUACGUUUCUCAAGGGUGUAGAGGCUAUUGGAUCGUAUGCAGAGAACCAGAAAAUCAGCGCUGUUAGAAAGGUUUAUCAGAGAGGAGUGGUAAACCCCAUGGUCAGUAUAGAGACAUUCUGGAAGGACUAUAUGGCUUUUGAACAGAGUAUCAAUCCAAUUAUUGCAGAAAAGAUGGGUAUUGAAAGAAGCAGAGAUUACAUGAAUGCUCGUAGAGUGGCUAAAGAAUUUGAGACAAUCACCAGAGGACUGAACAAGAACAUUCCAAGCACACCUCCAACUGGCACCCUGGAAGAGAUAAAGCAGGUUGAGUUGUGGAAGAAAUACAUCCAGUGGGAAAAAUCCAACCCCUUGCGCAGUGAGGACACGACCCUAGUAACACGCAGGGUCAUGUUUGCCUUUGAGCAAUGUCUGCUGUGUGUAGGCCAUCAUCCAGACAUUUGGUAUGAAGCUGCACAGUUCCUUGACCAGAGCUCAAAACUACUGAUUGAAAAAGGGGACGUAACAUCAGCCAAGAUGUUCAGUGACGAAGCAGCCAACAUGUUCGAGCGUGCUACCGGCUCCACACUCAAAAACUCCAUGUUGCUGUACUUUGCCUACGCAGACUUUGAAGAGGGAAGAGUCAAGUAUGAAAAAGUUCAUCAAAUCUACCAGAGGUUCCUCGAAAUCGAAGAUAUAGACCCUACUUUGGCGUACAUUCAAUAUAUGAAGUUUGCAAGGAGAGCAGAAGGCAUCAAGUCUGCAAGGAAUGUUUUUAAAAGAGCUCGGGAGGACCCUCGUUCCAAAUGGCAGAUCUUUGUUGCUGCGGCUCUAAUGGAAUACUACUGCAGUAAAGAUAAAAAUAUUGCAUUCAGAAUAUUUGAACUCGGAUUGAAGAAGUUUUCAAACUGCCCAGAAUACAUUGUGUGCUAUGUUGACUACCUUUCACAUUUAAAUGAGGACAACAACACAAGAGUCUUGUUUGAAAGAGUGUUAUCCUCUGGAAGCUUAGAACCUGAAAAAUCAGUUGAUAUCUGGAACCGGUUUUUAGAAUUUGAGUCAAACAUUGGAGAUCUAGCAAGUAUAGUAAAGGUAGAAAAGAGAAGAAGUGCUGUGCUUGAAAAGAUCCUCUCGAAAUACCACACUCCUGAUCCAAAAUAUGAUCCCUAUCCAUGUCCUAUCAGCAUUGCAGAGUUUGAGGGUAAAGAAACAGCACAACUUGUUGACCGCUACAAGUUUCUCCGUUUAUAUCCCUGUUCUCCAGCUGAACUCAGGUCUAUAGGAUACAGUGAGGUAACUGCACAGGCCUCCAAAGCUGCUCACCUUGCCAUAACCGGCAAAAUUUUAAAAGACGGACUAGACGACCACGAGCCUACCCAGAGACAGUUGCCUAAACCUGAUCUCUCCCAGAUGGUCCCCUUCAAACCAAAGCGAGACCCUUACGUCGGAGAACACCCGACACCUGGAGGUACAUUCCCUCUUCCCCCCGCUGCAGCACACCUAUGCACUCUUCUACCUCCCCCUAACUGCUUCCACGGACCCUUCGUAGUGGUAGACAGCCUUAUAGACAUCUUCAACAAGAUACAAAUACCAGAGACACCUCCUGCACUGUUGGGUGAGAAUGGUUGUGACACCAAACUAUUUGACCUUGCCAAGUCAGUCCACUGGGUAGUAGAUGUGGACAACGGAGGAAGGAAAAAGCGAAAGAUUGGUGGUGGGGAUGAGAGUGAUGAUGACGAUGCUAGUGGAGCUCCACCAAUAAAUGACAUCUACCGACAACGUCAGCAGAAAAGAGUCAAGUAAAUCUUUACGAUGGCAUAAACCAUCCUAGAUCUCACCAAGGUUUUGAUUGCAAAACUUGUUUGUAUAAAUUGUGUAAUCAGUUUGACAGUUGAUGUUGUUAGGUAUUACAAAAGAAUUUUUUAUCAAAUACCCGUGAAUAAUUGACUGGUAUGUGACAUAUUUUUGAAAGAGUUUGGCUUUUUAUUUUCAUUUGUUUUUUUUUUAAUGAUUUGGCCAAUAUUCAGAGUUACCAUACAAAUUAUUAGUCUCAAGUAGGAAGUACCGGUAAUGAUAUAAUAUCAUUAUUUUAAAUAGCAUUUACUUAAACUUCAUAAUAAAAAUUUAGUAAAUUUUAACUACUAUGUAUUUUAAAAUGGGUGACGAUAUAUUUUUAAUAGAAAAUGUGUUUUUAUGUUAAAUAAAGAUUUAUUUUGUCACAUGCACUGCGUAUUACUGUGAAAUCUGUUAAAAUGUUCAAAUACUUUUAAAUUGAGUCCGGUAGAUUUAAUAAAAAUUAAUAAGUUACUAUAGUUUUUUAACCCCUCCAAAAACUGCCCCCAUUAUGUUCUCUCCAUUGUUGUAAUUAAAAUUUACCGUUACUAAAAAAUUGAGUUCAAACUUUGUUAAAUUUAGUUUUCUUCCAAUUUCUUACUUGUAAAAGUAUUAUACAUUAAAAUUGUAUUUGAUUUGAUGUUAGUAAAUUGAAUACAUACACAAAUGUCAGUAACCUUUGUUGUUACUAAUUUAUUAAUAAUACUAAGAUAACAAGAUGUUUAUACAAUGUUUUUAAUUAAUUAAUUAUUGAAGGCUGAAAUAGUAUAUUUCAUAGCAAAAGUAGAAAGUGAGUCAUAACAUAUUUGAGACCAUGUUUGAAGAGCGAGAUUAAUCGAGCACUUUAAAUGGUCGAGAAUAUGUAUGGACCCACCUUCACUCAAGUUUUGAACGUUACUUUUCGCUACUCUUCAAAGAAUAAUUAUUUUCUUCAUUACAAAACUCUAGAAUUUUUUAGGUUAUGCCUUAAAUUUAAAGUUAAUAUUUGCUUUAGUUGUUAAAAAUUGAAACAGUUGAUAAAACAAUAUUUAAAGUUGUUGACAGUGGAGAAUUUUUGGUUGUAAACAAUGUUACUUUCUGUAGUAAACAAUAGACAGCUGUUGAAAAUAAGAUGUUUCGUAGGUCGUAAACACAUAACGAAAACAGCUCAGCUCAUAGUAGUGUAGUGAAAAAUAAUUAUUUAUUGUGAACAUUGUUUAAUAAUCAUAAUUUAUAGUUGAGUGGAUAUUUUUUUGAUAUUUUAUUGUAUUGUCUGGCAACAAUAGGAGAGGAAUCUCCCUCUCCUAAUCAUCAACAAGUCUGGAUAGCCGAAGGGUUAUAAUUUUAUGCUCGCCUUCAAAUCUGAAAGACACUAGUUUAAUUCCAACCUAUGCAAAUCCAGACCCAAUUGUCAUCGGGCUAUCAAAAACUGAUAAUAUCUAACAAAAAGUCAAUGUUGGAUGGAUACAAGACCAAGUUUGAACCAUUCCCUUAAAACACCUGAAUUGUGUAGAAACACACCAUAUAAAAAUACCCCAGUCACAGCAAACCUACAGACUAAUGGAACUUCCAUUUUUUAGGUUGGGUUUUUACUAAAAUAUUUCCUCAUAAUUUUCAGGUAUAUUUCGUACUUAAAUAACAUUAAGUUUGGAAUACAACAAUAACUCAGCUCCUGUUGUAAGACCAGGGGAAAUGAUUAGAAGAAAACCAAAUAAUUUUGACUUGUGAAGGAGGGAUGACAUUAGUAGUUAAUACAUAUGUUAAUAACAUAUGGUAAUUGUUCAACAUAUGUUUUGUGUUAUUGUUUUAUAUUUUGAUUGAGUUUUUGUUUAGAAAUACACACAAGUUUAGAAAUACACACAACCUUUCAUGAAUUCAGUACAAUUAUUUAAUAAUUAAUCAAACUAGCAGUUACCCACGGGCUUCACCCCGUUUGACUUUAUAAGUAUUAUUAAUAAAACUAUUGAUUAAAAAAGUAAUUUUGGCAAAUUUUAUCAAAAUAUAUCCAUGAACAAGCAGACUAAAUCAGUUUAAAAUUUUAAAUUUACAGGUUUUGUAAUUUUCUUUAUAAACAUUAGAUAUACAACAAUGCUUCAACUUACUGAAUUAUUGUGUUUUUUUAGCUUUACAUAAUAAUUUAGAAAUACUUGCAAAAUGCUCUGGUCAAAAAUUGGCAGAUCCAAUUUUUACCCCAUAAAUCUGCUGGUUCACAAACUGGUUCAAAUAAACGUAGGUUUACUUGUUUUUGCCAAAGUCCAAUUAUAUCAAUUAUUUAAGAUGUGGACGCCACUAUGGGCGUGUUUUAACCCAAAUAUGAGUGAAGGAUGAGUGGCGCGAUCUUGUUAGUGACUAAGGCCAACAUGUUCCUUAGACACAGCUGUUAAUUAAUAGCCCAUACAGCUAAUGGUAACUAAGGGACCUACAGUUUAUAGUGGAAUCGGAACCAAUUUUAUCCUUGUGAUAAUUAAUGAAUUGUUCUAAUUAUCAGGAUAGUACUGCGGAUAGUCACAGUACUCUCUAGUGCGGAUGUUAAUCCACACCUGGGAGCAUCGCAUCCACAGUGCAUGCCUAUAAAUAUCCAUAAUUCGUGACCUCCUAGUAGCUGGAUUACAAAAUGACACCACCGUCCCAGUCUUUCAUUCAUCAAAGUUGGUUGAUUUUUAAGUCUAUUGUCGUGUUAAGAGACACAUAUAAUUAUAAAAUUUAUUUGAACUGAUGGGGUUUUUGGGUUGUGAGGACAUAAAAACAAAACAAAAAAUAAUUGGACCCGGGUCCAGGUCUUACCAUGAGAACUACAAUAAUAGCUUACUCCCUCUAAGAGAAAUUUGCUUAACUAAUUAAUUAUAUUGUUAUGUAAAAAAGAAAAAAAACUUUACGCCAAAUAAAGUUGAUUCCUUGUACGGAAUAUUUAAAACACAUGCCCAGCUAAUAACUUUUGGCUAUGUAUCAGAAACCCAGCCACUUUCUAGGACUUCAGAAUUUUUACUUUAUUUGCAUGGGAAUGGUCCAAACCCUGGUCUUGUUACUGUAUAACCACGGCUACCUUUAACUACAGGCCGCGGCCAGCGAGAAUUGGUAACGUCGCACCGAGCAUUAACUCCCGGCCGUUUCACCAUUACGGUAGUACGGUUUAAAUAUACUGCAUUUUUACACCCUUACAAUUGAGAUAAAAUUUUUAAAUUUGGUACAGAGCUAGGGAAUAAACCCUUCAUGCCAAUGGUAUGGUUUUGAAAAUUCAAAUUUCAUUUGGUAGUAGGCUAUAUAUAAAUAUUUUAAAAAUUAACACAUUAGAAAAAGUUUGGAAAAGUAAAGUGAAAAAGUUAGUCGCCUACUAAAAUUGUUGUUUGUUGGUCAGAGAAGUUUCGUCUGUGAGAAAGUUGUAGAUAAUUAAAUAUACUUUACUGUUUGUAACUUUUCUUUCUAUCAUGCUUAUUAGUUUUGUAAAAAUUUUGGGUUGAACAAAGCGACCAAAUCUCAGUUUUAUGUCGCUACGCGGCGAGUAGCGCUGCCUGCAAGCUGUAGUGUAGUAUCGCACAGCUAACAAUUAAUGUAGGACAACUGAAUUAUUUCAAGCUGGUCAAUAUGCCAUGGUUUAUAUGCUGUUUUGGUUAUCCUCAAGAAAUUACUUUUGUAUCAAAUAUUGCUUUAAAAUACAUACAUUCCCAACCAGUACAGAAGUUCAGUUAUGCCUGUGUUCCUUAUAUUUCCCCGUAAUAAGUAAUAUUAUUACAGACAACAGCACAUCAUUGAAUGCAUUUUGAAGACAGGUUAACUAUUUACUACAAUCCAACCAACAAGUUUACAAGUACACACUGCACGACUUAAUGUCUUCAUAAUUAAAUACCGUAGCCUAAAACAGGAAUGCCUUUUCCGUUUUCCUUUUAGUUUUAAUAACUUUGCUCUAGUUUAUUAUGAAUUUUAAGUAUGUGUUUUAUUUACACGGCUGGUUUUUUUUUGUGACAGUGGUUUUUAUGUCAGAUAUCGAUAUUCCAGAAAUAGCUUAAACUGUUUCUAUUUGUGGAGUAAAUUUGAAGGAAAUAGUGUCAAAAAUUAUUUUGAGAAUGAACAAUAUUUUGUUAAAUAACUACACAAAAGUAAAAAAGACAAAAAUAAUAGCCACUGUAACCAUAGAAAAAUGCCAAUCCUUUCUUGAAUAAAAAUUUUAUUUAUUGCUUUUGUUAAUUUUACUUUGUAUAGUAAACGGCAUCAUUCUAAUAAUUGAUAAAACAAUAGCUUACAUAGAAGCUGAAGCUGUAACUAAAUAACAUUGUAAAUAGGAUUUAAAUUUUAAAUGUUUAACAAAUAAUAAAUCAUAGAGUAAAUACGUAAAAGAGACGGAAGAAAACUACAAUUAUAGGCAUAAUACUUAUAUGUUUAAUGUACCGUAAAAGGCUUUAAUAAAUAUUGUAUUUUAUUCUUGUAUUGACACAAAAGCCUUGUAUAAUUCUUUCCUUCUUUUCCUACACAUCAGUGUUGUCAGAUACAAAACAUCUAAAUUAAUAGAUAAUUUGCGUGCUUGUUCCAAUCCUCCGUGGCGCGAGCGCGAGCGUUCAGUGGUGUAGCUUAGCAGUAGCCAUCCAGCCAUCCCAUGCGGUGUUACCACUUUAAACGCCGCGGCCUGUAGUUAAAGGUGGCCGUGGUAUAAUGUUUACCUUUUGUUGGCAUCAAUAUUUGAUAGCACCACGAUUGACAGUUAAUGGUAUCUGGGUCCUGAAACAUUCUCGCUUGGAAUUCAAACAGAGACCUUCGGAUUUGAAGGCUGCACUAUAACUCAGACAAUUAGUUUGUAUUUCUUUAUAUUUUCAUAAAAACAAAUACAUGCACAGAAAUGUUAUCAUUUUUGUGUUUCUAGUUUCCAGUAUUAUUGUAAUUUAAAGAGCAAUAAAAAUAUGAU